CAGAAGUCUGCAAAAAUGGCAACUGCAGCAGCCAUGAGGAAAGUGUUGUCCAUGAAGCUGCAGCAGAAGCGAAACAGCCCUCUCUUUAGUGAUCAUGGAACCUCUUGCUCAGACAGUGAUGACGGUGCAGUUGUGCCCGAGAAGGUUUACCAGGAACUUGUUGCCAAGUAUCGCCGAGCGAAGGAGAGCAUUAAGGAGCUAAACACGAAAAUUGACAAUCCGAAAACAGCUGGGCCAAGUCAGUUUGAGGAAAUUAUUUCAAGGCUGGAACAGAUCGAGAAGAAACUCGAUAAAAGUACCAGUGUGCUCUCGGCAAAGCAGUGUACAGAACCCAUCCCAAAAAAGGCGCGCUUGACGACCAACGGCGAAACGGUGUGUAUCAACAACGUAGCGACGAUAGCCCUCACUCAGUGGUUGACAUGCCAGCGACAGAAGAAAGAAUCCUUGUUCGUACGUAACCUCACAGUUGCUAUGUGGGGUAAAGAGUCUCUUCAGCAACGAUCAACGCAAGGCAAGCCAGCAAAUCGUGGCCGUGCGGUUGGCAUGCAAAAACCACAGCUAACGCCUGAGAAGGUUGCUGCAUUGGAAGAUUGCUAUGAAGACUGGCUCAGGCAACAUGGAGCAAGUGGGGACAUCUUGGUCGAACGAAUGGAACACAUGAAUAGCCACGUCAUCAGCACGAUCAGAGAUUGCAAUCGAGUAAAGAAGAACCUUUUUGAUGAGUAAGACGGAGACAGGCAGCUAACACCUGCCUUCCUCUCUUCGCAAUGCCCCUGUCUGCAGUUGCCUCGAGGGAACAAGUGAAGACCACCUUGACCACUUAAUGUAUCUUUUUGACUUCUGGUUACAAAAAGUUGGAUUUUUAAUUUUUGGUGUGUUCAAGUAAGACAUAGGAGCAAAGAACUUCUCAGGUGCAGGACUCACUAAUCACAUGUGGAAUUUUUUUUUUGUGUAGCUCCUUUUUGCCCUGCUCCAACGUUUUUAGUGAAGCUUUUUAAAGCCGAAAGUUGAUGUCUUGCUUUGAGUGAAAAGGAAACUUUUCUCCAUGCAGCUCCUUACUUGGGUCCGUCAAGAAUGAACACCAAACACUAAAUAACUAACAUUUUUCGUGUUACCAAAAGCAUAAAAGAACAAUUCUCCAUUUAUUGUGUCCAACCAGCGCCAACUUGACGUGACGCUGAUGAGCAGAUACUUUAUUUUCUCUUAGUCAAUUUCAGUGUUUGUUGACCUCCUAUGUGAAUUGAACAGUGGAUGCAAUGUUCAACUAGAUUUGUUUUGGACGAAUUUAACUGAAGAUUUCCUACAUUUACCAAAAGCGUAAAGAAACAUUUUUUGUGUGCCUAAGUACAGUACAACUUGAAUUUUAUGCAGGCCUUAUGGGGUGUCUUAUCGCCAGUCACUUUUCUGUUUAUUCAUGUAAGUUGUGAAAUAAAAUGAGCACAUGUGUUCAA